GAAGUUUUUUCUCCACCGCUUUCGCAAGCCGCUGCUAAUCCCUUUGCUUCUUUCCUUGUUGUUGCUGAACGCUGCGUGGGCCGCGUAUACACCAAUACGCCUACAAAGCCUUCACGUUUACCCGAUCGCAGAGAGCCAGGAAUCGCUGUUAGUACCGCCCCCACCGCACUCGAUAUACCCCUCUCCCCUCUUCCUUUCCUGGUGCUGCGCAAGCACCACCUUCAUUCAUAACGUAGCUUAUAUAUAUAUAUAUAUAUUGUUGGCGCAAGCGCGGUAGCGCGCUGCAGUGUUCUUGCCUCUCCGCGCCUAUCUCAUCCCACCUCGGCGCAGACCGAUUCGCAAGCAACUUCCAUCACCUGGCCUUUUCCGCAGUACCCCGUUUUUUUUUUAAUUAUAUCGUCUCUCUCCUUUCUCUUCCUUUUCCCCCUUCGCACGUCGGUGUUCUUGUGCUUGUUAUUUGGCUUUCUCCGUUUUAUGAAGCGUGUCCGCACUGCCUUCCCCCCCCCCCUUCACUGCCCUCUCACUCCUCCCUCUGCUCUGUCAUCAUACGACAAUCUCUUUUCCUUGUUUCUUGUCUUGUUUUGAACUGUUGAGGUACACGAUAUCUCAACGACACCGACAAAGAUGAAGUGCGUGCCACCGCAAGCCCAGCGACCCGCACCAGCGUCUUUGUCGCCAGCCGAUGUGGAAACGAAGCUCAGCGAGUCGCAGCGACCCCCCUCCCAAUCCGAUGAAAGGGCGAUUGUCAACAGUCCCACCUGUGCAACCUCUGGCGCACCCUUCACCGCCACGACGCCCCACGUAGUCAGCGAGGCCCCUGCCCGCAGUGGUGGACCGCGCAGCUGCAGCACCACCAGCCGCACCAGCCAGGCGAGCUCACAGGUCAGUGAGCCACCCCUCACCCACGCCCGCCCCCCCGCCUCGCCCGAUGAGGUGGACGAGCAGCUGGAGCGCAUCCUCUACGCAGCGAACCAGCUGCGGCAGCUGCAGCGGCGUGGGCGUUACAUCGCCGCCCGCGAGGUGCGCAGUCUGCGCCGGGCCUUCCUCUUCGCGGUAGGGGCGGAGCAGCUGUACCGCCAAGCGGUGCAGGCGGAGGCGGACGGGGCGCGGGCAGCGUCGUCGACUCCCACGACGCCGGCGUUCCGCUGCAAAAGAAAAACUCACGCGCAGCGCAGCACAAGAAAGUCGCGUACAGCUGAUGCGGCGGGGACGCCGGCGAUGUCCGCGAGCGCGGGUGCGACCUCGCACGGCGAGGAGGAAGGCAAGGAGAACGCCAUGAGUGUCGUCGACACGGGCACUCCAAUGUCGCGCGACGCAACGGCCCCGAUCCUGCUCGUACAAGCGGACCCUUCUGCGGCUGGAACGAUGUCGCCAUCCGCGCCGGAUCGAAAGGCCGGGGAACACAUCAUGGAGUACAGUCCAAAGGCGGCGGCGGCGGAUCACGUGCUGACGGCGCUGGAGCAGUACGUGGGAGUGACACCGACGUCCUCUUCGUUUGACGUGAACGGUGUACAGUUCUCGUGGCGCAGCGUCUUCCACACCCCUGGUAAGCGCCGCCUGCAGUCCCUCGUCAUGUCGAUUUUCAUAUUCUUCACCGGCAUCCCCAUCUGCCUCGCCAUCUCUUUUCUGCUGCUGCUGUCCCGCUACACCGCCCCGCUCAUGAUUGCCUACACCAUCUGGACUUUCACCUUCGGUCGGCCCAGUCACCCCCAUCCAAAACGCGAGCAAUUCACCCGCUUCUUCUUGUGGCGCUACUACCGCGACUACUUCCCGAUCCGCCUUGUCGUACCGAAGGCGGUGCGGCGCAAGGUGGAUAAGACACGCAACUACUUCUUCGUCUACCACCCCCACGGCAUCCACACCUUCGGCGCCCUCCUCAACUUUGGGCUAGACACAAAUGAUUUGUGGGACUUGCUGCCCGGCAUCACGGUGCACCUGCAGACCCUCAAGGCGAACCUCUUUGUUCCCUUUUGGCGGCACCUGACGAUCUGGAUGGGCUGCGGCGAUGCCAGCGCGGCGUGCAUCCGCAAGACCCUCCGCUCCGGCCCCGGUCAGAGCAUUAUGCUGGUGGUUGGGGGGGCGGAGGAGUCUCUCAUGGCCAAGCCGAACGCCAACGACCUUCUCCUGCUAAAGCGCAAAGGCUUCAUUAAGAUCGCGAUGCAGGAGGGCACCCCGCUCGUGCCCGUCUACGGCUUUGGUGAGAACAACGUCUACAACGUGGCGAACUGCGCUAACGAUCCGGGGGUGCAGCGCCUCACGGGGCUCACCAAGCGUUACCUUGGAUUCACCAUCCCCUUCGUGCGGGGUCGCGGUUUCUUUAACUUCAGCUACGGUAUUUUGCCGCACCGCCGUCCCAUCGUCGUGGUGAUGGGGGAACCGAUCGAGGUGCCGCACAUUGCGAAGCCCACCGCGCAGGACCUGGACAAGUGGCAAGCGAAGUACAUUGAGGGCCUGCAGAAGCUGUACGACGAGCACCGCGGUAUCUACGACCUCGAAUCGACGGGACUUCGCAUCAUGCGAUAA